AUGUCAUCCAAACAUAAUGAUGAUGAGGAGAUGAAGAAGUUACAUCAACCGUUGAGGAUCAUACUGGUUGAUUUUUUAAAUUCUUCUUCUUCUUCAUUUGAUGAAAUGUUGGAGGUUCCGGAAAUUAUUCAGAGCUCAUUGGAAUUAUUAUUGAAAAAGAAAUUCUUGAAACAACAAUUCGGAAAGAAGAAAUGGCUACUAAAUAGGGAAUUGAAAUAUUCAAAUUUCUUCCCUGUAGAGUUUAUGAAUGAUCCUGAAUUUGUGUUGAAUCAUAUCCAAAAGUAUGGUUAUGGAUUGAUAUAUGCAUCUUCACAGCUAAAACAAGACAGAGAGUUUGUAUUGCAAGUAGUUCAACUCAAAGGCGAAGAGUUACUCUUUGCCGAGAAAUACUUUAAGAAUGAUCCAGAAGUGUUAUUAACAGCCAUAAAACAAGAUGCUCAAGCUUUAUAUCGUGCUUCCAGAGAGCUGCAAUAUGACAAGCGAUUUGUGUUGGAAGCCGUUCGACUCAACGGAAAAGCACUGUGUGCUUGUUUUACAUUUCAGAAAGACAUGGAUAUUGUGUUCACUGCUUUGAAACAAAAUGGCGAAGCGUUACAAUGGUUUGAGUUUUCCAGAGACUCUAAAAAGGACAAAUUAAUGACAUUGGAAGCCAUCCAACAAACGAAGAAUGCACUGCGAUGGACACCCCAGUAUUUACUUCAAGAUGAUGCUUUCAUGCUACAAGCCCUCAAAAUAAUUAGUCCAGACAACUUUCACUCUUUCGAUUAUUCAAACAACGAAAUCAUGUCGAAGGUUAUUCAACACUUUGGAUUUUUACUCCAAUUUGCAAGUAAUGAACUCAUGAAUGAUAGAGACAUUGUUUUGAAAGCAGUAAGAAACGAUGGUUGUUCGUUGCAAUUUGCCUCUGAUCGUUUGAAGAAUGACAAGGAAAUUGCACUAGUGGCUGUCACUCAAAAUGGCUGGGCAUUGAAAUAUGUCUCCCUCGAGUUGAAGAGAGACAAACAAGUGGUAGUGGCUGCCAUAAGUCAAAAUGGAUAUGCUCUUGCAUUUGCAUCAAUAGAGUUGAAGAAUGAUAAGGACGUAGUUUUACUUGCCAUAUCUCAACAUGGAUCGUUGCUGCAAUACGUUUCCUAUGAUGACAAGGAGGUCGUAUUGGCAGCUGUCAAACAAUACAGUGGGGCUCUCGAAUAUGCGAGCUAUGAAUUGAAAAAUGACCAAGAAAUUGUGUCGGAAGCCAUCAAAGAAGGGUACCAUUCUUUGCAAUUUGCUUCUGACGAACUGUUGUGUGAUAAACAGUUCUUGUUACAGGUUGCAAAAUAUGGAGGUCAAGCUUUUCUGAAUUAUGUCCCAGAAGAAGUUACUAAAGACAAUGAAUUCAUGUUGAAAGUAAGGGAAGAAAUCAAAAGUUCUGGAUUUGCUUCACAGUUUAAUGAAGAAUUUUAUUUAGAAAGAAUAGAGCAAUGUUAUUAUGGAGCUUAUUUUGGUUUAAACACCAAUCACCGAGUUUGCUCAAAUCAGUCAUCGCCUCCUGCUUAUGUUUUCAUGGAAACACCAAUAAGUGAUGAGAGAAGCAGCAACGUUGAUAUGGGAAAAACUUUAUCCUUUCCCGAAUUUCACUGUGACUUGAUCUAG